GGGGUAAAAGUGGAAACUCUUGAGUCAUCAAAGUCAAUGAUAUGACAAAUGCGCUGUGAUUGGGGGUAAUCUCCGAAGUAGGAAGGGCGGUUGAUAUUUGAUUUGUCAAUAUCUGAUAUCUACGUUGGUAAAGGAUACUAAGGAAGGCUUCGGGAUAUAGAACUUUAUCAGCUGGGAGGAUAAAAUUCCUCUUCUAUCAUCCAUCAGACUGCUUUGGCAGACAGACAACACCGAAGAAACUGAGGUGACAGAGAAUGAGACACCCCUUAACACUAUCAAACCGCAUCAUACUCCUCCUGUACUACCACCCCGACAAUGGACACUGAACCCGAAUCCCAAGCACCGCUCAAACCGAGCAACUCGGUCGACCAAAGCGUCCUCGAUGCGCGCGACCUCGCAGCGCUGGGCCACGACCAAGCCCUAAGCCGCAAAUUCGACAUAUGGAGUAUGCUAGCCCUAGCGUUCUGUGUGUUGGGAACAUGGUCAACGUUCGCACAGGAUUUGGCUAGUGGACUUACAAACGGCGGGCCCGUGAGUAUCCUCUGGGGUUUGUGUCUGGUCACGUUUUGUAACCUCUGCGUGGCGGUCUCCUUGGGGGAGUUGUGUAGUAGUAUGCCCACUGCAUUGGGGCAGGCAUAUUGGGUUCAUCGGCUCUGGGAAGGGAAACGACUCGGGCGAUUUGCUUCAUACAUGUGUGCAUGGAUUAAUAUGUUUGGAUGGUGGACCCUAACCGCCUCUCAAAUCGGGUUCAUGACCAACUUCAUGCUCGGAAUGAAAGUCAUGUUUGACAACAACUGGCCCGGCGCGAGUGAAGGUUGGGUUCAGUUCUUGGAUAAAUUCUUGCCUUACUUCAAUGAUUUUGUCGGUAUAUGGUUUUGUGGGCUGUUUGUUGUGUUUAGUCUUGCAUUGCUGAUUUCUGUCGGCACGAAACCGGACUUGUCUUUCCAACCUGCUUCGUUCGUGUUUGGGACAUGGAUUAAUCAGACCGGUUGGAGUGAUGGGGUUACUUGGUUUAUCGGUUUGGUACAGGCAGCAUACGGUCUAACGGCGUUCGACUCUGUGAUUCAUCUAGUUGAAGAGAUUCCUGCUCCACGCCGAAACGCGCCUCGUGCGAUUUAUCUUGCUGUUGCAUGCGGCGCUUUAUCAGGGUUCAUAUUCAUGCUCGUGUGUCUGUUCUGUAUCCAGGACGUGGAUGCAAUCAUCAACUCUGCUACUGGCCUCCCGUUCAUGGACCUCGUCCAGAAUGCCAUCGGUACCAAAGGCGGAGUCGCGCUCAUCGCUCUCUUCGAAUUCAAUGGUCUCGGUCAAGGCGUUAGUAUAGCCACCACCGCCUCAAGGCUAACCUGGGGCUUUGCGCGUGAUUCCGGUCUCCCCUUCAGCUCUUACUUUGCCCAUAUCGAUCCAACAUGGAAAGUCCCCGCACGGGCAUUAUGGUUACAAGGCAUCCUAAUCGGCCUCGUCGGAAUUCUGUAUUUGUUUGCAAACACUGUGCUCAACGCAAUUCUGAGCGUGAGCACAAUCGCCCUCACAAUCUCGUACGGCAUACCCAUCUUCGCACUUUUGAUUGUCGGUCGCGACAAAUUACCCUCCGGAGGCACAUUCCGUCUCGGCCGACGCCUAGGCCCCGUGGUGAAUUGGAUCAGUGUGAUAUAUUGCUGUAUCACAACUGUGUUCUUCUUCUUCCCUGGCUCACCAAACCCAGCUGCAAGCGAUAUGAAUUAUGCUAUUGCUGUGUUUGGGGUUAUGCUUGUUAUUGCUGUGGGAUUUUGGUUUAUUAGAGGUCAUAAGGAUUAUUUAUUGACGGAGUCUUCGGCGGAGAGGUUGAUGGAGGCGCAGAGGUUGGAGAAUGAGGAGAUUACUGUGGGUGUGCCACCGACUUCAGUUGGGGAUAAUGUGGAUCGUAAGAACGGUGCCGUUGCUAAGUAAUGACCAAUCAUUUAUGUAUAUACCUUCUUGAGGAGUCUUUUCAAUCUACCUGGGUAG